UAAUUUUCCCUAUGAGUAUAAUUCCAAGUAACAAAGUCUAAUAUUUUGGAAGUGUACAAGAAUCUUACAAUACUUUAAAAGAUAAAUGCUGAGAAAUUAUUAAAUUAAACUAUAUUUCAAUGUGUAAAGUAUAGAGUUUCAGUUUGAAAAUGCUAAAAUCCACAAAGUUAAUUUCUUCUCUGUUUUUGAAAAGAAUCAUCCCUAAGUUUUCAUCUGUAUGUGCCUUUGAGACAGAUGUUCCUCAGAUAUUAAAGCCAACAGUUGAAAGUUUAGCAAAAGACUCUGUUUAUUCACCCCCAUCAUCUGCCGUCAUCGUACCAUGUCGUCCAGAACAUCCUAAUAGGUACCUUGCACCCAGACAAGCAUGGCUUUCAAGUAUAAGUACUGUUGAAGAACAAAAGCUUGGACUGGUUGAACUUCAUCCUUCAGUUUUCGGAGUCAUGCCAAGAAUAGACUUAAUAUGGCAGAACAAAAAUUGGCAAGAAAAGAUUCAUUUUAUUGAUUAUAGAAGUGAUAAGAGCCGUGCAGACAUGAAAGGUGGUGGCCGGAAACCUUGGAGACAGAAAGGUACUGGCAGAGCUAGGCAUGGAAGUAUUCGGAGCCCAAUAUUUAAAGGAGGAGGAAAAGCUCAUGCCAAGUGGGGACCAAAAACCACAUUUUUUAUGUUGCCUUUAGCUACCAGACUUAGAGGACUGUCUUCAUUGCUCACUUGCAAGUUUGCACAGGAUGAUUUAGUUAUUGUAGACUCAUUAGAAAUUCCUUCAGAAGAUCAAAAGUUCAUUGAAAACCUUAUAGAAAACAGAAAAUGGGGUGUUUCUGUUCUGUUUGUUAAUCACUCUGACAUUAUGCCCAGAAAUAUCACGCUUGCAACAGAGAAAUUGGAAUCAGUGGCCUUGAUGCCUUUCUAUGGACUUAAUGUGUUUAGUAUGCUGAAGUAUCACACCAUGGUAAUUACUUGGGAAGCAUUAAGCAAAAUAGAAGAGAGGCUACUGUUCCAUCUUAACCGAGCUGACAGUCACCAAGGAAAGUUUCAUCGCACUAGGUUUAAUCAAAGUGUACUAAGAGAUAGCUCAUAACCUUAAAUAUGAAAUUCUGUAUUGUUGUGUUCAUUAAAAUUUUGAUUUAGCUGUUU